AUGUCGGGUAUUCCGAGAAGAAAAGCAUUCGGAGGGAACAGAUCGAAAGCUGAAAAUGUUAGCGCUUGUUUUCAUCCUCAAAGCAAGGAACAAACUGUUCAUAUUCAAAUUAUUAAACAAGCGAGGAAAAGCGGGCAGCUUAAUUUGACUAACAGAGGAAUGAUCGAAGGUGCAAACCUAUUUAAUGCACUAGCCAGAGCUGCCAAGGCUAAUUGGGGCCUCAGCAAAGAGGCCAUCGCUAUUAUCUAUAAAGGUGCGUUUAUUCCUAAAGUAACAUAUGCCGCAGGAGCAUGGUAUAAAGCUGCAGAAAAGGGCAGCAUAAAAAGGAAGUUAAGAAGCGCACAACAGACGGCAUUACUAAGGAUGACAAGAGCGUACCGCACGACAUCGACCGAGGCGUUGAUGGUGAUAGCUGGUACAACGCCAAUAGACAUGAUCCUACGUGAAAAGGCAAAGGCAUAUAUGUGCAGGAGAGGGUACUCUAUAAACAUUAAGAAUGAAACUUAUAAAGGAACAGAAUAUGAAAUGCAAGCAACGGCAAUGAUGCUACCAAGACCUUAUAAUCGGAUGGCAAUAAAUAUAGCAACAGAAGAGGAUAGAAGUGAUAUUGAUAUAUACACUGACGGAUCUAAGGUAGAGGGCCAGGUAGGAGCCUCCUUCCUGGUCAUAAAAGACAAUGAGGAAAUCUACCAAGAUCAAUUCAGAUUGGACGACAGAUGCUCAGUGUAUCAAGCAGAACUGUUUGCAAUAUUACAAACUAUAAGAUGGGUUAUCUCCACCCGAUUGUCUGGCUCAAUAAUUAUAAACACUGAUAGUAGUGCUGCCAUACACACACUUAAGCAGUUCAAUGACAAGAAUAUGAUGGCUUUGGAAGCCAAGAAACUAAUAGAAGAAUAUGGCUUAAAGAUCAAAAUAAGAUGGGUGAAGGCUCAUAUAGGAAUUGCAGGAAAUGAAAAAGCGGACACACUGGCCAAAGAGGCCGCGUCAUUAACAGAAACCACUUACAAUAAAAUUCCAAUAUCUUAUAUUAAAAGAUUACUACGGCAAGAAUCAAUAGACGAAUGGCAAGAAGAGUGGAGUUAUAGCAUGAAAGGGAGACACACCUUCUGGUUGCUUCCCAAUAUAGAAGAAAGAAUGAAUGACUUAAGAUGGCUCUCAAGUGACUUUAUAACCACACAACUUUUGACUAACCAUUGUAAUACCAAAGAAUAUUUAAAAAGAAUCGGAAAGCAGCAAGACACUCAAUGUGAAUGCGGAAAGGGAGAACACAGUUUAGACCAUGUAAUUAAUGAGUGUACAAAGUACGAAAUGGAAAGGAUACAGUUACUAUCACUAGUCAAAGGAACCUUAGACAUUUCAAGCUUGGAUUUAUACAUGAUUAUACGGGCUAGGGAUCUGGUCCAGGAG